AUGAAGACUUCCCCGGUUGAAGUUCAUACGGAAGAAAUCAAUUCUCUCGCUGAGGAGCCCAGCUUUGCCACUCGGAUGGGCCGUUCCGCCGCACAACACUCUGGGUACGGUCUGGGUCAACACGAGUACAGUAGUCCAUUGAUCUCCGAGCGUGCUAUCGAUCAGCCUAGGCCCCUGAAGGUCAUCUACAUCGGCGCCGGAAUUUCAGGCAUUAUCGCGGGGAUCCAAUUCAGGAAGGCUGUUCCAGAUCUGGAUUUGAUCAUUUAUGAAAAGAAUCCGGAGCUGGGGGGAACAUGGUACGAGAAUAAAUAUCCCGGCUGUGCGUGUGAUGUUCCAUCCCAUUCCUAUCAGCUCAGUUUCGAGUCCUGGACCGGGUGGAGCCAUUUCUUCUCGGGCUCAGAGGAAAUUCUUGAGUACUGGAAGAGAGUGGCUCAGAAAUAUAAUAUUCGCAAACACAUUAGGUUCCAGAGCCGAUGCGUAGGUGCACGGUGGAACGAUGUGACAGGAAAGUGGUUUGUGCAGAUCCAUAACGUGGAGACAGGUGAGGUCUUUGAAGAUUCUGCAGAUAUUCUCAUGACAGGGACUGGCAUCCUCAACGAGUGGAAGUGGCCAUCCAUCCCUGGGCUGCACAACUUCAACGGGCCGUUGCUCCAUAGUGCCAGCUGGGAUGAAACCUUUGACAGCAAGGACAAGCAUAUUGCUGUCAUCGGGGCGGGAAGUAGUGGUAUUCAAAUUGUUCCCGCCCUAGUUGAUCAGGUCAAGGGCAUGGACCAUUAUGUGCGCGGAAAGACAUGGAUUUCCAACCAGCACGGUGGAGAUCGCCUGGCCACACGAACCGAAGGCCUUGGGGGAAAUUUCAAAUAUACAGAAGAGGAGAAACAAUCAUGGCGAGAGGAUCCCAUCUCGUACACCCAAUACCGCAGAAGCCUAGAAGUUGAGAUACAGACGCUCUACGCCAAGUCACAGCGAGGAAGUGAUAUCCAGAAGGUUGUCACGGCUCAAUAUACGGCAGACAUGCAGCGCAGGCUGGAAGCAAAACCCGAGCUUUUGGAACAACUCCUGCCUGACUUUCCCCCUCUCUGCAAGCGUUUGACCCCAGGACCUGGCUAUUUGGAGGCUCUGACCUCCCCCAAAGUUAAUGUCAUCGGAAGUGCAAUCACAGGUAUUGAUGAAACGGGGAUUGUUACUGCCGACGGAAAGCACCGACCUGUUGAUGCAAUUAUCUGUGCCACAGGUUUCGAGACGAGUCCCGGAAGCGGCUUUCCAAUUCUUGGUCGAAAUGGCGUUAAUCUGCGACAACGGUAUGCCACUCGCCCUGAGACAUAUCUUGGGCUCUGUACGGAUGGCUUUCCCAACUUCUUCCAGUCGCUUGGGCCCAAUUCUUUCCAAGGGGCGGGCAAUCUACUUAUUAUGAUUGAGCAGCUCCAUAGCUACGUUGCAGAGGUUAUUUCUAGAAUGAAGUACGACAACGUGGGACAAAUCGAGCCUAAACAACAUCAGGUUGAGAGCUUUACCCGUUUUACAGAGAAGUAUUUCGAGCGCACGGUUUACAGCGCGGAAUGUGCCAGUUGGUACAAGUCGACACCACCAGGGGCUACCUUACAGGAACGAAAGAGAGGCCCAGUCACUGCUUUGUGGCCUGGAAGCAGUUUACACGCAGUAAAGGCAUUGAAGCGUGUACGAUGGGAGGAUUUUGAGACAAAGCCAUGGGAUGGGAAUGAGUUUGGUUGGUUCGGCAAUGGUUGGACGAUGGUAGAAAAAAGGCCACAGUCUGAGGACAAGGCGAUGACGUGGUACUUGGAUCACACAGGGUUUGUUGACAAUGAAGAGCUGGAGGAACAUGUGCGAUAG